AAACACAAGAGGGCAUUAGCAGGCAGCCGCUGCACUACGACACGUAGAACCAAGCGCACCUUUUAGCCAACAACAAGGAGCAGCCAUGGCCUUCCAUAGGAACACUUUAAUCAACCAGAUGGAUUACAGCCGGGAGCCUAAAGAAGGGAAGACGACUCACUCCACCGAAGAGCGGUUGGAUAGCGGUUUAGACUCCCUCAAAGAGGAGGAGUACCAGGCGGUUGCAGAGGAAAUAUGUCACCUAAGGCUGGAAAGUGAGCCGUCGCGGCAGCAGCGAGCGGCCUGUGUGGCAGCCGAGCUCGAAGAUUGGAAGACACAAGUAACAGAAGACGGAGACACGCUUCUCCACUUGGCGAUUAUCCACGAGGCAAAGGACUACAUCAGAACGAUAAUUGACAUGUUCAAGAACUCAGACUUCCUCAAUGUCCAAAAUGACCAGCGACAGACUCCUCUGCAUUUAGCGGUGAUCACAAACCAGCCAGACACGUGCCGGCGUCUCCUGGCGGACGGCUGUGACCCCACGCUGACGGACGACAGUGGUGACAUGCCCAUUCAUAUCGCCUGUCGCCAUGGCAACCUACCAUGCUUCAGUGUCAUCACGCAGUUCUGUCGCCCGGAACAUUUACUCACAAUGAUGGCGGCCUGCAACUACCAAGGUCAGAACUGCCUCCACUUGGCCUCUGUUCACAGUUUCCUGUCACUAGUAGAAAAUCUUGUGGAUUUAGGAGCUGAUAUCAAUUCAAAGGAGCAGCACAAUGGACGCAGUGCCUUGCACCUGGCCGUUGACCAGCAGAACCUGUCGUUGGUCCAACUGUUGCUGAAGAAGGGAGCAGACCCCAAUCUCUUGACAUCUGGUGGCCACACCCCAUUCAACCUCACCUACGGGCGCGAUAAUGAAGACAUCAAACGCGAGCUGUUUAUGUUGACCCAUCCUGACCUGAGGGAGCUGCCUGACAGCGAAUCGGAGGACGAGGAGGAGGAGGAGGAAGAUAGAAAGUCGGAUGAAGAGGUUGUUUACGACGACUUCCAGUGGAACGGUCAUUAAAGUCCCAGAAGCAGGAGACCCUGAGAAAGAAGGUGCAGGACAAACGAAAACAGCUUUGUGUGUCUGAAGCUGUGAGGUCACGUGAACAGCAAAUAAAUAGAAAACCGAGCAGCUGCAAAAGCUGAUCAGAGACUGGUGACCAAAUCAUGCAAGCGGCGCCGCAGGAGUGCACUGGAGUGUAGUAACGUGUGGCUUGCUUUGGAAGACCGCCGCCAUUCACAAACUAUAAAGAAAAAACAGCUCUCUUGUAUAAUAUUGUAAAUGCUGUGUAUACAAAAAUUUAUUUUUUACAGAAGCUGUGAAAUUGUACAGUAGGACAGCUUGUAAAUGUUGGACAGCAACACUCCCUUUAAGUUAAAACACUUGUAUUUAACAAA